AUGGCAGAUGUUUUACAUUUUUUCAUUGACAUCAGUUCUUUCCUUCAUUUCCGUAAACCUGGCCCCACCGAGCAUACUAACAUACAAUCUAGUCGUGGUUACAGAUCUGGUACUCGUUACGCUUUCUCGCGUGACUUCAAGAAGCAUGGAGCCGUCCCCAUGUCUACUUACCUGAGACUUUACAAGAUUGGUGAUUACGUUGACAUCAAGGCCAACGGUGCCAUCCAAAAGGGUAUGCCUCACAAGUUUUACCACGGUAAGACCGGUGUUGUUUUCAACGUCACCAAGACUUCCGUUAGUGUUUUGAUUAACAAGGUUGUUGGUAACAGAUACAUUGAGAAGAAGGUCAACCUGAGAGUUGAGCACGUCAAGCCAUCCAAGUGUCGUGAGGAGUUCUUGAACAGAGUCAAGGAACACCAAAAGAACGUUGCUGAUGCUAAGGAAUCUGGCAAGUCUGUUGCUUUCCCAAAGAGACAACCAGUUGGUCCAAGACCAUCUCAUGUUGUUUCUGGUGAGCCAAUCACCCUGGCCCCAGUUGCUUACGAGACUUUCAUCUAA